AUGGGAAUGCCGCUUGAGCAAGUUCAAUUGAAGGCAGUAUCGGAAGGACUGAAUGCAUCGUUGUUGAGCACGCCCGAUCAACUUUUGGACGAAGGUGGCAACCCGUUUGCAGACAGGCAAGCGGACCAAUUGUCGCGAGGAAUUUCCGUGAAAGACCAUGAGAAAUACGCGAAGUUUUUCAAGUUAAUGAAGAUGGGCAUGCCGCUGGAACAGGUAAAGCUGAAGGUAUCGAUGGAGGGACUGGAUGGCGAACUGCUGUCUACCCCAGAUGCUCUACUGAAGGAAGACGGAAGCAAGUUUGUCGAGGAAGUAGUUGUGAAAGGUGUUCCUGUGAAAGAGCACGAAAAGUUUGCAAAAUUCUUGAAGCUGAUGAAAAUGGGAAUGCCGCUUGAGCAUGUUAAAGUGAAAGCGUCUGCUGAAGGCUUGGAUGGUGAAUUGCUUUAUACUCCUGACGUGCUUGUCGACGAGGUUGGCAAGAAACUGGAGGCGGCUGAGAAGCAGUGCGAGGGCGUACCCGUGAAAGAAAGUGAAAAGUUUGCUAAAUUCUAUAAGCUUUUGAAGAUGGGAAUGUCCAUGGAGCACGUAAAGCUAAAAGUGUUGUCGGAGGGUCUUGAUGCCAAUCUGCUGGAAACACCCGACAAGCUGGUUGACGGGAAUGGAAAGGAAGUGCAUGAUGUAGCGCCCGUCGUCGUGAAGAGCAAGUGCGUACCUGUUCGAGAACACGAGAAGUUUGCGAAAUUUUUCAAGCUGAAGAACAUGGGUAUGCCACUGACCCAAAUCAAGCUGAAGGCAGUAUCGGAAGGACUGGACGGCGACCUUCUCGACACGCCCGAUAAACUAGUAGACAGUGACGGAAAGGAAGCAAAGGUAAAUGGCGUGAAGCUGGUGAAGGCAUCGGAUCACUCGUGCUACGUCAAGUAUUUUAAGUUAUUGAAGAUGGGUAUGCCGCGUCCACAGCUGGAGUUGAAGAUGAGCGCGGAGUCGUUGGACCCAAAAUUAUUAGACACACCCGAUGCUAUGAUUUCGGAGAACUUGUCUACUGCGGCCCCAGUGGCCGCACUGAAACCCGUUAUGGCAGGAUCUCCAAAACCUAAGCUCCGAAAUCUGUACUGGGAGGCAGUGAAAAACGAGGAGACUGCCGGCACGAUUUGGGAGAAAUUUGCAAAGGAAGAGGAGGAGAAAAAGAAGACGCGAGCAAAGUCACAGAAGCCUGAGUCCGCAGCAGCGAAGAAGGACAUCGUUCACCAAUACGUGGAUCAACUAUCCGAUAUUUUUGUGAAUAAGCCUCCGAAAGCAAAGGAGUCUGAGAUUAAGAAGCCGCUGAAACGGCGAGCACCGACCCGCGUUGCCUUGAUUGACGCCAAGCGCGCGAACAAUAUUGGUAUUAUGCUGGCACGCUUCCGGUUGCCGUACUAUAAACUCCGGAAUGCUGUGCUGCUGGUCGACAAAGGGCUCCUCUCUGUUGAACGCGUGUCAUCACUUCUUCAGUUUGCUCCGGAAGACGAAGAAGUGGAUGCCAUACGAAGUUACGCCGGUGACCCGAAGCUUCUUGGUGACGCGGAGCAGUACUUCCGUGAGAUGCUUUGCAUUCCGCGGUUGUCCACUCGAUUGCAAGCGAUCCAUGCUACGUGGCAGUUUGACUCAUACGUGGAAGAGCAGCGGAAGCUCAUGGAGUCUGUUUCGAAUGCGUGCCGUGAGUUGCAAGCGUGCGAGCCUCUGAAGGAGAUCUUUCGCGUCGUGCUAUCGCUAGGAAACGCUUUGAAUGAUGGGACAUCGCGUGGUGGGGCGAAGGGGUUUCGUUUGAACAUAUUGCUCAAGCUGAACCAGGUCAAGGCGGCCGAUAAUUCUACCAAUUUACUAAAUUACCUCGCGAAGCUGCUGCGAGCGAAAGACCCAGCUAUUCUUGAGUUUAACAAGAGUCUGCCGUCUAUUGAGAGUGCAAGCCGCGUCACGAUGCAGGUGUUGAAAGCAGGCGAAAGCGCAGUGCGCAAAGCUGCGAAUCUCAUUUGCAAUGAGCUCGAAGUGCAUGCGAAGUUGCCGGAGAAGGAGUACCCGCAGCCCGAGAAGAUUGUAGGUUCAGAUGAGGAACCCGAGAAGAUCUCGGACCGAUUCCAGGAGGUGGUAAAGCCUAUCGCUGAUCGUGCACGAAGGACUUCUGAGCACACUGCGAAGGAACUCGAAAGCAUGACGAAGCGUUUCGGGGAGACGGUGUCUUUCUAUGGAGAGGAUCCGUCGAGCCUCGAUUCUGGUCCUGACGCGUUUUUCUCGAUUUUCUACUCGUUUGCCAAGAUGCUGCAGUCAGCUGACCGUGACAAUGAGCGUAAGCGUAUUGCCGAGGAGCGAAAGCUUCGUCGCGAGGAGGAAACCAAGAAGCGUCUGGAGCAGCUCAAGCUCAAGAAGAAGAAGAGCAGUUUUGCAACGCUAAAGACAGGAGACGUGGACGACAUUGUGUCCAAGAUCCGCGCGAAACGGGUCGAGGAGAAGCGACGCGAGAUGUUGACGAAUGGAUCGGCCCCGUCUUCAGCUUCCGGGUCUGCUCGUGCCCCUUCAAGUCAACCACGGACCGGCGUGUCACUAGCCGCUUUGGAUGAGCUCACGCCAGCCAUGGAGGCUGUCUAA